GAAUCAAACCUCCUCGUCGUCCUAUUUAAGGAUUCACUGGGCUUGGCUUCCGGGAAGAAGCUCAGGAGAGACACAAAGAAACUGAAGGCUGUUUGUCCAUGAAGAAAUUAAUCCUCCGUUCAGCCCAAAUGGAUUGGCUGGGCAACCCUGCAUCUUCUUCAUCCUCCACCCUUUCCUCUCCAGAAACAAGAGCUCUUUUUUCUGUAGUGGCCUCAAUUGCAGCCUACACCGUGCUGAUAAGCACAAUCAUCAAGGACUUUUUCCCAUUUGAUCUACACAGAUACGCCACCUCUAAACUCCGCAACCUCAUCUCUCGCAUUAUAUGCCCACGGAUCUGCGUCAUUCUCAUUAAGGAAGGUGAUGGCAUGGUGAACAACCAAUUGUUCGAGUCUGCAGAGGUGUAUCUGGCAGCCACCAUGGUUUCCUCGAUGCAGAGGUUUCAAGUGAGCAAGUAUGAGAAGGAGAGCAAAUACACCAUCAAUGUGGAAACAGGGGAAGAGAUUGCUGAUGUCUUUGAAGGCAUCACGUAUAAAUGGAAAAUGGUAGCCGGGGAAGACAAUUCCCAUCCCAAUUUUGAAGGUCGCCCUCGCGUUUUCGAGCUGAGUUUCCGUAGUAGGCACAGGGACGUUGCCCUGAACUCGUAUCUCCCGCAUGUGCUCAAGAUUGCUGAGGCAACAAAGCUUGAGAAGAGGGCAUUGCGUCUCCACACUCUAAACGACUUGUGUUCCUGUGAGAUGUGGAACUGGAUAAAUCUGGACCACCCUGCAACUUUUGAGACGAUGGCAAUGAAUGAUGCGCUGAAGGAGACGAUCAUGGAUGAUCUGCGCCGGUUUCUCGGUCGCAGAGAAUACUACAAGAAAGUAGGCAAGGCUUGGAAAAGAGGGUACCUUCUAUAUGGUCCUCCGGGAACUGGUAAAUCAAGCUUGAUUGCAGCCAUUGCCAACUUCCUGAACUUCGACGUCUAUGACCUUGAGUUCACCUCCAUUCACUCCAAUUCUGCACUUCGCCGCCUCCUUGUUGGCACCAGUAAUCCCUCUAUACUUGUCGUUGAGGACGUCGAUUGCUCCGCUCCAGUAUAUAAUCGUGACAUUGUCAAGGAAGGCAGUGGCAAGCUUCAAAAGCACGGCGUCCAGAAGUCGGAGCAGUUGACACUUUCCGGCAUCCUCAACUUCAUUGACGGCUUGUGGUCAAGUGCUGGAGACGAACGGAUUAUUAUCCUAACGACAAACCACAGAGAACGAUUAGACCCAGCUUUGUUAAGGCCUGGCCGAAUGGACAUGCACAUAUACAUGGGCUACUGUAGCUUCUCCUCCUUCAAAAUGUUGGUCUCAAAUUAUCUAGGCAUCCAUGACCAUCCACUUCUUGAGCAGGUGAUGCCGUUGAUAGAUAAGGUGGAGAUCACCCCAGCUGAGGUUGCUGAAAUCUUGGUGAGGAAUGAAGACCCUGCUGCUGCAAUUCUAUGUGUUAUUGAGUCCAUGAAGAUGAAGAUGGAAGAAAAAGAAGACGAGAGAAAAAGCUGAAGAUUCAAGCUCAUAGUAGGGAUAACAUAGUCCAUACAGAUAACCAAUAUCUGGGUUUUCACUCUUGAUCUGAUCUGUGAAUAACAUCGCUUGCGUGGAAUGCAGUAGAGGAAUCUUGUACCUUGGGCCUUUCUACAUUAUCAGUGUGUACCUUGGGCCUUUCUACAUUAUCAGUGUGGUAUCUAUGUUCGUAGUUAGCUUCCUGUAGUUAUAUAUCUAUUCUCUGUUUCUGCUGCGGACCUGUUUUAUCGUGAUUCCUAGAAUAGCAUUGCAAUGUGAACAUUCAGUGCUGCUGUAUCCAUUUACUCCAAUCAAUCAUAUGCAUAUAUGUACUCAUCACAGAUGUGGAAUCUGUAUUCCAUGACAAUGCCACAUUUUAGACAUCUCUGUCUCCCUCUCUACAGGUUAUGUGCAACUCAUCACCACUUCUUGAAUUGCAUG